AUGUGCGCGCACUUGGCGCUGCCGCCGUGCCCCGCGUACCCCGGCGGGGCUGCCAGGGGGUACCUGGAGCUCUGCUGGAGCGCGGCGGGGGCCGCAGGACAGGCGCCCUCAGCCGCCGGGCCCGCGGGAAGCGCCGCGGCCGGGCACUCUCCGGAGGCUGCGGGCAGGAGGCACACGGCAGAAGUAUCCCCAGCUUCAUCCAGUUCUGGGAAUUUCAGCCAAUUCACACCAGAUUCAGCCACUAGUCCACAUUCCUCAUCCUCGUCCCCACAGCCUACAGCUAAGUCUCAGAAGGGCAGAGAAUAUGGUGUGGAGGGGAUCAGGAAGACCAAGAGCCGGACAGCUUUCUCCAAGGAGCAGCUGCUAACCCUGCACCAGCGCUUCCAGAGCCAGAAGUACCUCAGCCCCCAGCAGAUCCGGGAGCUGGCUGUUGCCCUGGGGCUCACCUACAAGCAGGUGAAGACUUGGUUCCAGAACCGGAGGAUGAAGCUGAAAAGGUGCCAGAAGCAGAGCCUGUGGAGUGAACGGGCUCAGUGUCUCACGCAAAGUGGCUUCCAGAGCGGUACUUACCUGGAUGUGCACCCCAAAUUCCACCAGGGCUACCCCAUCACCACAGCUGCCAACAUGCAAACCAUGCCUGCCCCCUGUCAGCACUAUGGAGCAGGGCAGAAUGCUUACACAAUCGUGACCAGCGAGGAUGGAGGAGUCUUUGGCAAAGGCGGGGGGACCUGCAGUGUCCAGCAGACAGUGGGCUUCAUUGCUCAGCACAAAGUAGACUUUUACCACAGCUGUCCUGGCAGUGUGGAAUAUCCAGGCUCCAAGACGGGUGAUGGCUGUAAUUUUCACCACUCAGCCACUAUGGGGGCUCCUUUCCCAACUGCUGCCAGCCAUCAUCUUUAUCAUUCCUAAGCACUGUGGAUGUGAGGUUCUUGGGCAGCCAGGAAUCAAAUCUUACUCUCAUCUCUCCCUUAGUUAUUCGUGUGCCGGCCACCUCAGGGACACCUUGUAGAUAAAACCUGUUUUGGCAUCCAGAUGUGUGCCUGCAGACAUGCAGCUGUGCAGAGACCUGUUUGGCCAGGUGCAUGCACACAGAACCCUUCAUUUCUUUGCCCUUACAUGUGCACACACACAUUCCUUUCUUGAUUAGCAAAGGUAACCAAGCUCCCUUACAGCAAAGCCCAAGGUCUGGCUACACAGCUUAUGUCCUGGAUCUUCUUAAUUAUGGAUUGUGUAUCUUGUCUAAGGGGAAGCACAGAUUCCUUUGGCAAUAUCACUUCUAUGUAUCACUGUACAGUUGUGUGUACAUAGCACAUGAAGCCAGGGGCUAUAUGGAGAGGUGCUGGUCACUUACCUUUAACUUUAGCUGGAGAAGUUAUUGCCACGUGCCAGUUAUCCAUUUGAAGUGUAAACCAUCAGUUGUGUAUAUCAGCCAUGAGGUGAAGUGAUGAAGUGUCUAAUGAAGGGAGUUGUAACAAGUAGCUUGCAGAAAGGCUGGUAAGAUGAUCUUACAAGCCCUUCCUUCUAGUCUGUUUCUUUCUUUGCCUCCCCCUGAGAAAACCUAACAGUGCAUUCAAUUUGGCAAAUAAAAAAUAGUACUUUUUAAGAUGCAUUAUGUAUUUUUAUAUAUCUCUUUUUCCCACUGCAAUAGAGCAUUGCAAUAUAAAAAACAGAUGGAACAUAAAUAGCCAUAGCAACUGUAUGCCAUGGUUAUUUGAUGCUGAAACUAUUAACAGAAAUUUUUCUGUGUUAUUAGUGGAUCAGCUUCAUGGCUCUUGGCAAUGCCUGCUAUCUCGAGUCAAAAAAACAGGUAACUGUCACCCACCUUAAGAAUUUUCCAUAUUCAGCAGCAGUGAAUAGGGGGACUGUCAUGGAGGUACUAUAAUUUCUAAACUUGUCUAUGUAAGUGUCUAAGUACCUAAAACCAGAUGUGUGUAGCAAAGUAUAUGCAAUAACAGACCUCAGGUUCCCUGAGUCACACACUUUCUAUCACUUUGAUGACAACGAAUUUCUCUUAAUGCAAUGAAGAAGCUGCCAUGGUUAAAGAAAAGAGCAUAAAAUGAAGGCAGUGAUUUCUGUGACUGGAGUAAUAAGAGGCAUGGUCUUCUAUUGGCAAAGCUGAUUCAUGUUCCUGUGCCUCACAGCUGUUUGUUCCCUCUCUCACUCCCUCAUGCAGACACUGACUCUACUGUAAACUGUAUGGUGUCCUGACUUUGGCUGCGUUCGUUUAUUUUUUUCACAGUAUCUGGGAUCGGGCUGUGUUUUGGAUUUGUGCUGAGAACGGGGUUGAUAAUACAGAGAUGUUUUCAUUAUUGUUGAGCAGGGCUUGCGUAGUGUCAAGGCCUUGUCUGCUUCUCAUUAUCUCCCUGACAGCCAGAAGGCUGGGGGUACAAGGAGUUAGGAGGAGAUGCAGCUGGGAAGACCGACCCCAACUGACCAAAUGGAUAUUCCGUACCAUAUGGCAUUAGGGUCAGUGUAGAAAACUGGAGGGAGGAAGAGGGGGACAUCCAGAGUGAUGGCCUUUGUCUUUCUAAGGAAUCAUUACACAGGAUGGGGCUCUGUAGUCCUGGAGGUGGCCUGUCUAUGGGAGGGGGUGAAUUAAAUCCAUGUUUUGCUUUAUUUGUGUGUGCGGCUUUUGCUUUACCUAUUAAAUUGCUUUUAUCUCAA